AUGGAAAAAGAAUAUAAUAGAAAGAGGCAUUCAAAAAGUAAUGAAUUUUCAGGAAAACAAGUAUAUGAAGAUGAACAUACAAAAACAUUAGAAGAAAUACUGUCAUGUUUACGUUCAAUUAAAUCUCGAGAUUCAGAAAAAGGUAGGAUAGCUCUUGAUGCAACAUAUGAACUUUUUUUUGCUCAAUAUGUUCUUACAACGACAAACUGUGAUUCCAAUGAGGGAAAAGAAAAUUUGACAAGGAUUCUUGGAGUUGCUGUUAGUAGGGUUGUUGGUCAUCUUCAGGACAUGCAAGCUUCUCUUGAAAAUUAUCGUGGUGCAUCAAUUCAACAAACUUUACAAUUUUUUAAAAUUGAUAUUGAUAUAGCUAAUUAUAGGAAUGAAUUUGUUCAUGGAACCAUGCCUAAUUUACAUAUUUUAUUGGAUUCUAUUGAUAAAUUAACAAAACUUAUAAUUGAAGUAUAUUGGAAUUUUUUUGAUGGCGAUAUAACAUGGCCUAAAGAUGUAUCUGAUAAUGAUUUAAAAGUUAUUAGUAAUAUUAGAAAAAUUAUAGAUUUAACUAAAUCUCCAGAGGUUGGUUUGGCAAACUAUGAAAAUUUUAUCAAUGAAAACACCGUUAUACAAUUAAGAUAUUCUAUUUUAAAAAACUGUAAUUUAUUUAUUAAACUUUUAAUGGGGACUAGAAAUUUAAUUGUUAUUGAAAGCGUGGAUAUUGAAAAUAAUAUUAAAGAUGGAGAUGUUUUUGAGUUUGCUCGAUAUACUGGUGAAUGUGCAAUUGAAGCAGAAGAUGACUAUUUUAAAAAGCAAUAUAUUUAUUGGACCAGUUGGUUAAUUAAGAAAAUUGUUACAGGUAAACUUGUAUGUAAAUGGGAAAUUAAAGAAUUAAGUAAAUUAUGCAUAAUUUUGAAUUUAAAAGAAUGUCUAGAAAAAAUAUUCGAACAUUAUAAUAUGGAAGUGGGUGACUUUGUACUGUCAAACCAAUCAGAGAAUAAUAAAAUGGACACUGAUGAUGAUAUCAAAAUAGUUGAUAUCAGUGGUCCUUGGGGUUCUUGA